CGACGACGAUGUGAUGGACGAGGUCAGCAGCUUGCCGUGGUAACUUCAACUUUCUAGUGCUCAAUGUCGAACAGCAAAAAUGGAGCAGUUGCUCUUGGCUGCUGCUUCGCGAAUUUGUCAAGCUGCGCAAAGAGCAAGAGGCUGCCAGAGACGAAGCGAUUGCAGCAGGCGAUCACGACCCCGCAGACCUCCACCUUCCCUUGCCCACCAUUCCUUAUGUGAGCGGCGUAAGAUGGCCGUUGUAGUCUCGUCGACUGAGCCUUUCUUUCACCAGUAUAAAUGCCGCGAGAUCAUGACUCGAGCUGAUUUCAUGGAGGACCUAGAUCGCGCCAACAUCAUCUCAGUGGACAUACACCACGACGUGCGGCCAGACUCGAUGUUGAUUCUGCAUGCCGCGCGACAGGUGUGUGAAGAGGACGGUUUCGAUGAGUUGCUGGACAACGUGAGAGACCGAAUUGACGAAAUCGAGAGUUUGCACCGUACCCGCGAAUUGAC